GUGAUGAUCAACAUCUCACAACUGUCCAAGCUGAUGGACUUGUAGUAGCUACUCCUACAGGUUCAACUGCUUAUUCUGUAUCAGCUGGCGGUUCUCUAGUUCAUCCUGCAAUAUCUGCUCUAUUAAUUACUCCUAUUUGUCCUCACACUCUAUCUUUUCGUCCAAUGCUUUUACCGGAUUCAAUGGAGUUAAGAAUAUGCGUUCCUUAUAAUAGUCGUAGUACUGCGUGGGCAAGCUUUGAUGGUCGAGGGAGAGUCGAAUUAAAACAGGGUGAUCACAUAAAAGUUACUCCAUCAAAAUUCCCUUUCCCUACUGUAUGUUUAGAAUCUCAAUCUAAAGAUUGGUUUAAUUCAAUAUCAAGAUGUUUAAGAUGGAAUGAGCGUGAGAAACAAAAAAGUUUUGUAGUGGUGGAAGAAGAAGCAAUUGAAGAAAGUGAUUUAGAAUAUGAUGAUGAUGAUGGUUCAACAAAAGAAAUACAAGAGCGACCAUCACAUAUACGGACUUUAAGCAGAGAACAUUCAUUUGCUUGUAUCGGAAAAGACCUAAGCGAUUCUAGUAGCAAUAAUAGUAAUAGUGGUGAGGAAGAAGAAUGGAAA